UGAAGUUCCAUUCCCGACGUUGCGGCCGGGCCGAGUGAAAGAGAAAUAAGGGUUUGGAAGGGGCUGGCUGGCUUAGAGGCGGCGCCAUGAGCGACGGGGCUGGGGAGCCGGCAGCGGAGGCCCCGCCCGUUACCGGAAAAGGGGUCCGAAUCAUGGUGGAAUACUGCAAACCUUGUGGCUUUGAGUCCGCCUACCUAGAAUUGGCAAGUGCAGUAAAAGAAGAAUAUCCUGAUGUGGAGAUUGAAUCCCGACUUGGGGGGACAGGUGCUUUUGAAAUAGAAAUAAAUGGGCAGCUGGUCUUCUCCAAACUCGAGAAUGGAGGAUUUCCGUAUGAGAAAGAUCUCAUUGAAGCCAUCUGGAGGGCUAGCAAUGGGGAACCACUUGAGAAGAUCACCAAGAGCCGACCCCCUUGUGUUAUCCUUUAGCCUCUCUGGCCUGCACCUUUCAAUUCUCCACUUGCCCUCCUCUUAACUCUGGCCAUCCUUGCCUCAGCCUCUGACCCAGGUUUAAUUACCUUGCUAAGUAGGGUUGCAAGAGGAAUGUCAAGUUAUUUUGAGUUGCUUGUCUGCAAACAGUCUUCUAAGGAAGAACCUGAGCCGCUUAAUGGAAGCAAGGAGAGCAGGUUACUUGCUAAAUAUGUUGGGUCAGUCAGCCUUUCUGCUGAAGGGGAGUCCGCUUUGGAACCCCAUUCUCAUUCCUGGAGACUAAACUCUGACUUUGGCAUUUCUCUAUCCUCAAAUGUACUCGCAAGAGUGAAGCCUUAUUCUUUUCCCCUUUUCUUUUCAGAAGUAGGUUCCCUCUGUUUCUCCUGACUUUGGUGGCUCAUUCCGAGACAUCAGCUGCUUCUCCUACCCUGGUACACCUUUAACUAGGAGCCAGAAUGUGCAAGUGUCUUGUCCUGUCUUAGGCUUCACUUUAAUUUUUCAUGGUUAACCCCACUCAGUACAAUGAUGAUACGGGAUGCGGAGAGCAUGCUGGAAUCUCAGCUGUUUCCCACUGCAUGUCUUUCUCCCUUGUUGUGCCUGUUAUCGUCACAGCUGCUGUAGGGUAAAGAACGGCACAAGCAAUGGCAAGGACAUACAAAGGACCAUCCUGUCAGGUGCCCUCUCUGUGUGUUGUCUUCUAUAUAUUUUGGAUUGUAAUUUCCAGGACUUCUGAGCAUUGGACUCAGUUGGGACUUACAGAAUCAGAAGUCCUCAAUAUUUGCAGGGCACUUGUAUUGGGGAACGUGCCAUAUCAGCAAGCCAGACUGAGAUAUUAGGGUGAAGGAGAGGAUAUAGCUCAAGAAAGACCUGUUAAAAUUAGUGGUCCAAUAGUGAUGCAUUGGAGUUUGCUGCAUAAAAUGCUCUUUUCUUCCUUUCUUUUUUUUUUUAAGACUAGCUUAAAACCUGGAGCUAUUCAGAACAGGCCAGUGAUUUGGGUAUAAUCUUUCCUACCAAGACCAUUGUGUCAGUGCUUAAUAUAAUAUACAUCUGAACUGGAAGUGCUUUAAAAAGUGUAUUAAGUUGAAUCUUUCUGAAUUGAGAGCAUUAUCAAGCCAAAUAUUUUGAGAGUGAAGUAUGUGCUUCAUUCUCCCAUUGCAAUAUGGAAUUUCAAGAGUACACACUUUAAAAAUCAGUUUCUCUCUCAGAUACCAUCUGUGAAUCAAACAGCAGAUCCAGAUUGCCUCACAUUGGCAGAGCCUUGUAGUUGCAUUGGACUACAUCAUCCAUCACCCACACCCAGAACAGACCUUUUGGGCAUGCUGGCUGGGAAUGAUCAGAGUAGUAGGUCAAUACCCAGAGGGCACCAGGUUGGGGAAGGCUGACAGAAAGCUCACUGUGCUGUUUAAGUUUCCCCAAUACUGGCCAUGGUAGCAAUGAAACAAGCAUGGCACACAUUUUGUUUUGCAGUGGUGGUGGAGAGAGGAAACAAAGGAGGCCUACUGAGAAAUGCCAGCCAUGCAAAUGCAUUGCAUCUAGUUCAUAUCAACAUGCUUAGUGCUCUUGUGCCUCCACAUGGUCCCAAACACAUGGAUGUUUUCACCCAGUUUCCACCUUUUUAUCUGCCCAUUGGUGACUUGGGCACGUCUACCACAGCUUGAAAUGCUAAAAGAAAGUCUUCAGUGCUACAGGAGACUGGAGAGAGAUCCCCUUGCUCAGAGAUGAAGAAAGAGCCAGUCGGGCUUUUAUUCCCUCUGUCUUUAUGUGCUGAGAAUGUUGAUGAUCUAUUUGCCGAAUCCAAUUUAUAUUAAAAAAAUUAAGCAGUUA